AUGUUCGCCAAGCUCGUCACCGUCGCCUCCCUCGCCGCCUCCGCCCUCGCCACCGUCUUCAUCACCUCCCCCACCGCAGCGAGCUCCUUCCCCGCCGGCAAGAACGCCACCGUCUCGUGGAUCGACGACGGCAGCGCCCCGUCCCUCGCCCAGUUCGGCAACGCGACCAUCGCCGUGUACGUCGGGAACGUGAACCAGCAGGUGCGACUCACAGCUGCCUGGGCCGCCCGGUGGCAGCGACAGCUAACCCGCUUUUUUUUUAAAUGCAGACGCUGCUCCAGCCGAUCGCGACGAACGUGA